AUGGAUUCGCAUAAAGUAGACUCCGUCGACAUGUCGUACGGCUACACCGAGGCGCCCGGCCGCCAGCCGUAUGACAUGGAGCGCGCCAGCACCCAGCGGUCGCUCAUGCCGCUGAGUGACCACAUGGACACCGGAGCCGCGCGCCUGGAGCAGACUUUGGAGAUGUUGAAUGUUCGCUACCAGUCGCUCUUCUUCGCCUCUGCCGCCUGCAUCGUCGCUAACGCCGUCAUGACCUUCCUCGGCAGCUUCGGCAUCACGCAGAUUCCCUCGCUGAUCAUGUCUGUCUUCCUCAUCAUCAACGGACUUAUGAUCAUGGUCCUCGACGUCCCCGGCACCCCGAGGUGGGCCGGAAAGCACCGCCGCAACAUCCGCAAGAACAUGCGCUUCCUCACCAGGCUCACCGGGAAGUCGCUGUGGCUGGCGUUGCUCGGCGCCACUUCGCUCAUGACCACGAAGGCUACACGUUCGGUGAACAUCUUCCGCAUCUUCUUGAGCACGGUCAGCACCAUCUUCGUGUUCGCCGCCGCCGGCACCGGCAUGCUUAUCGCCGUCAGGAAGAGUCUGCGCCUCGAACGCGUAAAGGGCAUCAUCAAGGAGAACUCGAAGGGAGCCUACAUUGACUGCUACCGCAAAUACGCCCUCGGGGACCCGGACUACGGCAUGCAAUUCCAGGAGUUCAACCGUAUGUGUGCUGACCACACAUCUGGCAUGCACCAGUUCGACAUCGUCGACCUGUACAUCAUAUUCAACGUGCUCGAUGAGUUCCAGAAGUCGGCCAUCAAUGAGCGCGAGUUCUACGAGUGGAUGGCAGGUUCACUUGUCUUCCUCUGA